UGAAAAUUACGCGUACCUUCAUCGCGGGAAGAGACGAACAGUGCCAAUGUAAACAACAAAGAAAAUAAGAAAAUAUACUUAAUUCCUGUGAUAAUACGAUAUAUAACAUCAACAAUGGAUGCAGAUGAAGUGGAUGGGGAGAUUCCUGUGUUUGGUGUUCAUGAAACUGUCUCUGUUCUCAAGGAAGUGGAAAAAUCUCAGACAGACUCAGGCAUGGACGAUGGCAGUAAUAUAGGAAGUAGUGGACAUGUUGAUAAUUCAGAUGAUGAUGAUGAUGAUGAUGAAAUUGUGCUGAGGAAACCAAAAAAAUCGUUGCACCGAAUAUUGGAUGAUGACGAAAGUGAUAUGUCACAAGAUGUCCCAUCAAAAAAAGAAACCAAAACAGUAUCUUCCAAGAAAGAGGGGAUGACCCCAGAGGAGGUGCUGGAGGCGGUGAUGAAUGCCCCAGAUAGCAGCGAGGAUAGCGACAGUGAGACUAGCCAGGAGUCACCAAGAGCGAAAAGGAAGAAACUUAAGAGGCCAGUGCCUGACGACAGCUCAGAUGAGGAUGUGCCACUGAUGGAUUCUAUCAAGAAGAACAUGCAGGAAGGGGCUGAAGGGCUGUUUGAUGCUGAAGAGGAAAGUGACGGUGAAGGAAGGAAGCGACCAGAGAAUCUCUUUGACAGCGAUAAGGACUCUUCAGAGUGCCAGUCCUCUGGGUCGGAGGUUGAGAGGUCAGACACUGAGGCAGGUCAGGACGAAGGCUUUGAUGAUGUGGACCCUAAACUGCUUGCUAAACUCAGAAAGGGAGCUGCCAAACAAGAAAGAAAGAAGAGUGCAAGACAGGCCAAACAAGAGGAACUGACAUCCUUGCAUAGCGAAACACAGAGGAUGGUCAGAGAGUCUCGUGUGAACAUCCCAUAUCAUCAGCCUGCCCCUAAAUCCCUCAAUGACUUCCUUGCAAGGGCCAGUAAGAAACAGCAGGAGUACAAGGCCCUCAAAGGGGCCAGGGAACAGAGGAAGGUGAAAGUUGUUGAAGAGGUUCUUCAGAAAGCUAGAAUUCAGGCAGCAGCAAAAUCUCAGGACGAGGCAGACAAAUACAGUGACUCUGACGAGGACUGGAAACCAGAGGAUCAGGACAAGAAGGCUCUCAAAGAACGAAUUGAUGAUAAACUGAAUCCAAAACCAAAUGACAGUAAAGUCAGUGAGAAUGAACCCAGUGAUAUUUUGAGUCAAACUAAAGAGAAUAACAGUUUAAAAGAAUCAAUGAAUAUAGAUGGUGAUGAUGAUGACAGUUUACCAGAUUUAAAUGUUGAGUCAAGUAAAUGUUUGGAAGAUGUGGAAAAGGAAAGUGAAGGUGUAGAUGCUAGUGAAGAAUUGAAGAACAUAAGGACUGAUUUAGAGUCAUGUCCAGAUGGUACAAAACAUGAAAAUACACAAGGUUCAGAGGAAAAAUCUAAGGAAGAAACUAAAGUGGAUGAUGAUAUGAUGUUUGAGUGGGAAAUGGGUGAAAAGUCUGAGAAAGUAAGGUACGUAGAGCAAGACAAGGAUUUACCAGUAAAUGAUGGCAUUGAUAAAGAAUUUGACAAAUCUGAGGAAAACAAGGAAAAUGUGGAUCCCAAAUUUAGUCUAAAUGAUAGCCUCAGUGAAAAGGCAGUGACAAAUCAGUCGAUGGUAGAAAAAAUUAGUCCGAAAAACUGUGCAAGACGGCAAAAAAUAGCUGCAUUGGCAGGCAUAGAUUUAGACAGCAUUCAGCCAAAUCUUGGUGGAACAGCAGAAAGUUUUAUAAGCUUUGGGGAGGAAGAAGAGGUGCCAAUGCACCCAGGAGUAAAGAACUUGAUGGACAGACUGAGCGUGCACAAGAAGAAGAUUAAGAGGAAGAAACAUGAUAUGAAUAUCAGUAUCAUCUCCAAGGCGACUGUUGGACCAGACCAAGAGGAGCUAAAACUGAACACAUUCACGUACCACCAGGAGGACGAGGAUUCUAACCCACUCCUUAAACAUGAGGCUCCUGGGGCAAAGCUGACGGCGUUGAAAGAGCAGCUGCAGACAAAGAUGAAGGCGCGACGGGAGGAAGCACGCCAGAAACGUCAGGAAGUGUACGCCCUUGACAACGAGGAGGCAGGCCUUGAGGAGGAGGAGGCCGAGAUGUCGGAGGGCUCCGACACCGACCAGGAGAGUGAGGGGGAGGGUGGAGAACAGGAGGAGGAGGAGGGAGAACAGGAGGAGGAGGAGGAGGGAGAACAGGAGGAGGAGGGUGGAGAACAGGAGGAGGAACUGUAUGGAGAGGAGGAGGAUGGGGAGAAAAACGAGUUGGCAGACACAGAGGCAGCUGAAGAUGAUGAGGAGGAGGAGGAAGGAGAGGAGGAAGAAGAUGAUGAUGAAGGAGAGGCAGGCGAUGAUGAAGAUGAUGAAGAUGAGCUCAACCUGAAACUGGAAGAUUCUGAUACAGAAUCAGGCAAGUUAACCAAACUUCUCCAGAAGAACGUCACUCAAAAUGACGAACAAGAAACAGAAGUGAAGAAAACUGUAACAAGUGCAGAGAAAGCCUCCAUGUUUAAAGAACCAAAAGAGCCUGUAAUCCCUGAGAAGCCAUUUAGCAUGUUUGGAAGCAAAGGAAAGGAAAACAGUCUAGAAAAUUCACAGUUCCAGAGUGGUCAAAGGCUACCAACUGUGUCCCUGCCACUGCCCAUAGAGGAUUCCCAGGACCUGUGUGGUACCCAGCAGCACCAUGAUAUGCAGGGGGCCGGACAUUCCCAGCAGUCCCAAGACUUCAGCAUCCUGCUGGAAGACUCACAGUCCAACUUUCUGGAUGCAGAUGGGUAUCUAAAAACGAAGUCUACAGACAAGAAGAAGUCCCUAGCCACAAGUUUUGGUGCCUUGCAGGCAACCCAGGGGGGAAUGGAUGAACUUGUGGGCUUGUGUUCAGGCAGAUUUAUGGACAGCCAAGCUGGAGCCAGGGAAAAGCUGUCUCGCAAGAGCCUGUUUGAGGAGCCAGUUGUCCCCAGCACGCAGGGAAACAUGGAGGAACUGAUGGGGCUCUGCUCUGGAAUGUUCGUGGACGGUUCUGCAGGUCGCUCCUCCCAUAGAGAAACCCAGUCCAAGAAGAGGAAGGCAGUGGAUACAGAGAGUGAUGAGGAGUCGGUGGGUGUGUACUCUGACACAGAGGACAGACAGGAUGAUGGCAGUGACGAUAAUGAAGAAAAUGAGGAAGAAGAAGGCGAUACUGAUCAACUGGAUAGUGAUGAAGAUGAAGAGGUGGAAAAACCAAAGCCAAGAUUUAAAGGCUUCAAAGAGAAAAGCAAGCAUGGGAAAAUCAGGAGGGAAUUUGUUGACCAAGAGGCAGAACUAUCAGGGAGCGAGUUUGACAGUGAUGAGAAUGAUGACCUAGCUGAGGAGGAUGACAUCAUGGAGGUUGAGGAAGGGGACAGGGAUCUGGAAGGAGUCGACAGGGAAAAACUGAGGGACGAGGUCAACAGGAUAGCCAUGAAGCAGAUGAUAGAUGAAGACAAGAGGGAGCUGUUGAGGUACCAGGAGAUGUAUCUGCCAGAUGGAGACCUGUAUUCAGAGGGAGGGGGCAGACAACGAAGGUUUAGGUGGAAUAACCUUGAUGACGAAUCUCAACAAGACAUGUUUAAUGACGGGAGCGACAACGAAGUGGAGCAUGAGGAAACAGAUGACUUUGCAUGGCGCAAAGAGAGAUUUGAGCGAGAGAAAUUCUUGAAAGAACAGCAGGAACAAGAGAGGUUGGGUGAAGGGGGAGACAAGAGUCAGUUUAUGAAGCUGGGAAAGGUCUUUCUGAAAAAGCAAGAUUCCAAGGGUGGAGAGAAGACUGAAAAUAAAUUGUCAUCCUCUGGACCAGAAACCCCUGGGUUUCCUGCAUCCUUCAUGAAACUAUCUCAGCAGAAGCGAGGGUCCUUUCUGGCUCGAAGCAAGGAAGCUCUCGCCAAAAUUGCCGAGAUGACCAAACCUGUGGUGAACCCAUCAGCAGGGGCAAAAACUUCAGGGAAAUUUACAUUCAAUGUUAUCUCCCCUGAUAAGGAAAGAGAGGAGGUUGCAGUGAAAACCAAGCAGAGGAAAGCACAUGUACCCAGCCAGAAGUCCCUACAGAUCCAACUGGAGAAGCAGCCAGCAAAACGACAGAAACUCGAUACUCAGUCCUCGUUCACUCAGUCUAGUAUAUUUCAUCAUCUGUAGAAGGGCUGUUCAGUCUCUGUGUGAAGUUUUGUUUCAGCAUAUUAUUCUUAUUGGAAAAUGUGUCUUAUGUCAUAUGGGGCCAGUGUAUCUCCAGACCAGCUGUCGCAUCCGCACAGUAUGAGCUAAGCUGGCCACAUAUGGCAUAAGGCCCAUUUUCUUAUGACGCUGCUCAUUUGACUUUUUAAAGAAAAGUAUGUGAUAAAUUUAAGUAUAAAAAAUUAGUAGGAACAUUGAUCAGGUCUAAAUUAAUCAGUAACUUCUUUGUUCCCUACUUAACAUUGAGACCGAAUUCUUAUAUAAUUGUUCUUGAAUACAUUGUGUAAAAAUAAACACAUUUUCGGAAUUAGUUGCUUAAAACUUAGUCAGUUAAUUUUAGCUUAAUGCCAUUUAUUGAUGGAUGAAGAUAUUAAUUUAAAAGAUGACUUUUGGACUUGGAAGUUUUUAUGUGCCAAACAACAAAUUAUGUUGCUGUUGUUUUUACAGAUUAAAGGUGCAAUUAGACAUUGGCUUGUGUUUGUUAUCCCCUGCCAUAGGCGGAGGGAUAUUGUUUUUGCGUUGUCCGUCUUUCCGUCCGUCCGGCACUUUUGUGUCCGGAGCCAUAUCUUGGAAGUGCUUUGGCGGAUUUCAAUGAAACUUGGUAUGAGUAUAUAUAUAUAUAAAUAAGAGGAUGAUGCACACCUAAUGACAUUGUACAACAUCUGUUAAUAACAGAGUUAUGGCCCUUUGUAUCUUGGAAAAAUGCUUUUUUUGUGUCCGGAGCAAUGUCUUGGAAGUGCUUUGGCGGAUUUCAUUGAAACUUGGUAUGAGUAUAUUUAUAGAUAAGAGGAUGAUGCACACCAAAUGGCAUUGUACACCAUUGGAUAAUCAAUGAGUUAUGGCCCUUUGUAUCUUGAAAAAAUGUUUUUUUGAGUGUCAAAUAUAACACUUUUGUGUCCAGAAGCAUAUUGGCAGGGGAUAUCAAUUCAACGAAUUUGCUUGUUUUCUGUAUAUUUGUCAGAUAAUUUUUAAGCAAUACAAUACAUACUUUUAUCAACAUUAAUGUGUUUAAAUGAAAUAUUUCCUUUUUUAAAUGUGUUCUAUUUUUUUUAAUGAAUAAACUGCUACCUGGACUGACAGUUGAUGAAUAUGUAUGUUAAAUAUUGGCGAGUGGUGUGUAUUUAUUGAAUUGAUUUGGUCAUUGUACAUAAAUAGUCCUGUGUGUUCCGUAAUUAAAAUUUAAGGGUGGUUUAUGUGCAGUGCCAUUUAAGUUGCUGUUAUUUUAUAUUUUAGUGUAAUCUCAAAAGGGUUUUGUAUAUUAACAUUAGAGUUACAUGUUUUGUUGUAUCACAAUGCACUCAAAAUACAGAACAUUAAGUAGUUAGGCUAAAUUUGCAAGUGUUAGAGCAUAAGCAUUAUUAAUCAUUGCCUUGAACUAAAAUGGUUGUUUAUAAAAUGUUUGCGCCUUUAAAUGUACGCUUGAAAAGUUGUAAUAUUGUUGUUUUGCAAAAUCACAAGCUAUUUUAUUGCGUGUUCUUGAUUUACACUUAGUUUUUUUUACAAAGUUGUGUAUACAUGUACAUCUAUAUUGAAAUCAUGAUAACCAUAGUGGUGUAAAUGUCCUGCUUUGUUCAUUGGUUAUUUUCUUGACAUGAAUCCAUUUGUAAAUUCCAUCUAAUAUAUUUACACAAAUAAAUCAAUAUUAAUAUUGUCA